UCGUGAUAGGGACCGUGACCGUGACGGAGACAGCAACGAACGUGAAAGGGACCGUAAUCGUCGCAUGGAUCGCAGCAGAAGGACAGAUAGACAGAGGGGUGGAGGAAGGCGUGCUCCGGUGGAGAGACGCAUUUAUGUUUCCCAACAUUCCUUAUGAAUAUAAAUCGGACUUGAAGGAUCUCUUCCGUAAAGAAGUUGGGGAAGUUUCAUAUGUGGAAAUGUUCAAUGACGAAAACAACCGGCCCCGAGGUUGUGCUGUCAUUGAGUUCGAAUCUACAGAGUUGGUACAAAAGGCAGUGGAGAUAAUGCACAGAUAUGAGUUAAAAGGACGUAAACUUGUUGUAAAGGAGAAAGCAGAUGAAUUACCCCUGGCCCAUUUGGCCCAGAUUCGGCUCGGAAACAGAAUGGACUUUGAUUCUGACCGUGACCGACACAGAGGAGGCAUAAUGAAAUCUGACAUGCGAGGAGGUCGUGAAUUUGCUCGUGGUGCAGAUAUUGGACCUCAAGGCAUGGCAAACAAAUUUGGGAAUACAUAUGGCUUGUCUACAGUAUUCCUUGAAUCUCUUGGCAUCACAGGACCUCUUGUUAACAAAGUUUUUGUUGCUAAUCUUGAUUACAAAGUUGAUGAAAAGAUGUUGAAAGAUGUUUUUAAAAUUGCUGGAAAGGUUGUCUCUGUUGAGAUCAGUAAGGACCAAGAUAACAAGAGUCGUGGAUUUGGUGUUGUGGAAUUUGAACAUCCAGUAGAGGCUGUACAAAGUAUUUCUAUGUUGCACAACCAGACAUAUUAUGACCGCAAGAUGAGUGUGCGCAUGGACCGUGUCUCUGAAAAGCAGGAAUCAACAGCAACGAAACUUCCUCCAGGCCUUAAGGGUCUGGGAAUGGGUUUGGGCAUUAAUGGGUCAGCCCUGACGGAUGUUGCCAAUAAUGUACCCUCCAUUAACCCAAGUAUCACAGGAGCUUUACCAAAUGCUGUUGCCCCAGGGGUGACAGGCAUGGCCAAUGUGGGUGCCAUGGCAUCAAACAUGGGAAACAUGGGUGGAGGUGGUGGUGGUGGCCAGAACAUGGGUGGGAUGGGGAUGAUGGGCAUGGGAGGAGGAGGAAUGGGUGGUGGCAUGGACAACAUGAACAGUGGAAUGGGAGGGAACAUGGGUGGAGGUGGAAUGGGCGGAAAUAUGGGGGGAGGCAACAUGGGAGGUAACAUGGGAGGCGGUGGUAUGGGUGGUGGAAUGGGAAAUGGGAUGAUGGGCAAUAUGGGGAUGGGAACUGGCAUGGGAAACAUGGGUUCGGGCAUGAAUUCUUCAAACAUGGGCUCAGGCCUGGGAGGUGGUCUCGGGAGUAGCCUGGGUGGUGGGAGUGGGUUCAUGAACUCCAACAUGAACCGAGGAGCCAUUGGGGCCAGCUCAGUAGGGAGUGGCUCAGGCAGUGGGUAUGGUUCCUAUGGAUCAACCGGACUGUCCCGAGACUAUAACCAUUCCAGCAGCAGCAGCAACAACUACACCAGGAAUGUCAUUCAGCUGAGCAAUUUACCCAUGGAUUAUACCUGGCAAGCUCUGCGAGAUCUUUGCCGUGAGUUUGGAGACAUCAGGUUUGCAGAGAUUAGAUCGAAGGGCACUGGAACUGUGCGCUUCCAGACAGAGGCAGAUGCUCGUAGAGCAGUCGAAAUGCUUGAUCGCCAACGUCUGGAUGGAAGAAUCCUGGAUGUUUGCCAACUUUAAUGCUAGUCAGAGGGGAGAUCACCGGGGACUGUGUUGGGAAAGGGUCGCGACUCCACUUGGGAGUUGCACUACCUUGCCACACGUCGAAAGGGAUGAGAGGGGCGUGUUUUAUACGAAGAAAGACAACUGACAAGCUGCAACCCAAGGUAAUGGCUGCUUACUUGGGGGCUAGUGUCAUCUCAGACCAGUAGCCCAUCUGUUUCUGGAGUUGACGUUCGUGAAGGAUUGGCUGUCGUGGAGGAUUGAAUUAUGCCUAGCUCGGACUAUUCACAAGCUUUUGGUUUUGAAGAAUGAAUUGAUGCUGUGAAGGAUUGAUGGAGUUGAUGACAAGGA